UCACAACCCUUCACAAUAACCAACAAAUAAACCCUCCAAAAACAAAACAAUGUCCUUCGUAGCGGCAAACAAACGCCUCCUGAAAGAAUACAAAGCCCUGCUAAAGGAAUCCCCGGAAGGCAUAGCUGCGGGACCCAUCGACGAAUCCAACCUCUUUGAAUGGGAAUGCUUAAUCCAAGGCCCGGAGGAGACUCCCUUCGAAGGUGGGGUUUUUCCCGCGACGCUCAGUUUUCCAAAGGUAUGUAUUUACUCGGCACGGGACGGAAAAGAAAAGAAGAAAAAAGGAUAAAAAAAGACACAAAUAGAAACAGAAACAAUCUCUACUUAAUCCCAAACAAGAAAUGGAAAAAGGAAAAACUCCAACCAUAGCUAACAAAAAAUAUAAACAGGACUACCCCCUUAAUCCCCCAAAAAUGAAAUUCACCUGCGAAAUGUUCCACCCGAAUGUGUACAAGGACGGCACCGUGUGCAUCUCUAUCCUCCACUCCCCCGGUGACGACCCGAACCAGUACGAGGAUGCCAGCGAGCGUUGGUCACCCAUACAGAGUGUGGAGAAGAUACUCAUCAGCGUUAUGAGCAUGCUCGCCGAGCCGAACGACGAAAGCGGGGCGAAUAUCGACGCUUCCAAGAUUUGGAGGGAUGACCGGAAGGAAUAUGAGAAGAGGGUUAGGGCUUGUGCUAGGAAGGCUUUGGGGCUUUUUUAAAAAUAAAAAUUACUUCCGCUUUAUAGGGUUGUUAGAUUAGGGGGGGGGGGGUGUAGGAGGAAAGUGAAGAAGCCUCGAGCAGGCUGAAUGGGGGUGUAAUGGGAUAGGGAAAUUGGGGAGCUUUCUUUUUUUCUUCGCCAGAGGCAUUGGUUGCCUAUAUAUUCGAUUGGAUAAUUCAAUUAAUAACAAUUCUUUUGC